ACCAAGGAUGGCUUGAUAUAUUUCCACCAUAUCAAAGCGGCUCGGAGCUCCACCCAUCUCCAAGGCAACAGAGAUCCUGAGUAAUCACAUCUGAAUUUCCUGGAAAGGAAACACGCCCAUUUGCUGACGGAAAAGAGAGAAAACGAAACCAGCUCCCUCUUCCCGGUGACUCCGCCAUGGCUGCUUCUGGUGGUCCCGUCCAGGAUCUCUGCGAGGAAGCCACUUGCUCCAUCUGCCUGGAUUAUUUCAGGGAUCCAGUGAUCAUUCAUGAAUGCGGGCACAACUUCUGCCGAUCCUGCCUGAUCCAGUGCUGGGAGAAAUCCGAGGGAGAGGCUUCCUGCCCUCAGUGCAGGGAAAGGGUGGAGCAAAGCAGCAUCAGGAGAAACCAGCAGCUGGCAAAUUUUGUAGAAAUAAUUAAGAAAUUCAACCAUCCUCAGGGGAAAGAGGAGGGAGAAGGAAAAGGAAGGGUCUGCGAGAAGCACCAGGAGCCCCUGAAGCUCUUCUGCAAGGAGGACCAAAGCCCCAUCUGUGUGGUGUGUGACAGAUCCAAGGAGCACAAAAGCCACGAGGUGAUUCCUCUGGAGGAGGCGUCCCAGGAGUACAAGGAUCAGAUCAGCAGCUGCCUAGACAAUGUGAGGAAGGAGAGAGAGAAAAUUCUAGUAUUUAAAGCGAACACAGAAAAGGAAAGCCAAGAUCUGCUUAAACAAACAGGUGCAGAGAGGGAAAAGAUGGUGGCUGAGUUCAGGCAACUGCACCAGUUUCUGGAAGAACAGGAGAAACGUAUUCUGGCCCAGAUGGCAGAAGUGGAGAAGGAGAUUGCAGCCAAAAGGGAGGAGCACCUGGCCAGACUCUCCAGGGAACUCUCCUCUCUUGACAGCCUCAUCCGGGAGAUGGAGGAGAAGCUUCAGGAACCAGCAAGUGAACUCCUGCAGGAUAUUGGAAGCUUCUGGCAGAGGUCUCGGGAGAAGGAGAACUUAGAGGAUCCUCCUGUGGCUUUUCCUCCUGCCCUGAAGUGGAGGAUCUGGAACAUCAGCGAUAUAAAUCCCUUCCUAGAGGGAGUCAUGAAGCUGUUCAAAGACACUGUGGAAUAUGGACUUCAGCUGCAAAAAGAAAAUGUAACUUUAGAUCCAGACACAGCACAUCCCCACCUCAUCCUGUCUGAGGAUCGAAUGAGUGUGAGACAGGGAGAAGUGCGUCAAGACCUGCCAGACAACCCUGGGAGAUUUGACACAUGCCCCUAUGUGAUGGGAUGUGAGGAUUUCACAGCAGGCAGACAUUUCUGGGAGGUUACUGUGGGGAGCGAGGGGGAGUGGGCCGUGGGGGUGGCCAGAGAGUCUGUGAAGAGGAAAGGCAAGUUCAUCGCUGGUCCUAAGGAAGGGUUCUGGCGCAUAGGGAAGUGGGGUGAUCAAUACAGGGUCUCCACCUGCGAUGGGCCCCCUGUUUCGAUUCUGGGUGGGGAGCCCAAGAGGAUCCGUGUGGCCCUGAACUGUGAAGGGAGACGGGUGUCCUUUUAUGAUGCAGAUACAGCAGCCCUUCUCUACUCAUUCUCAGCAGCCUCCUUCUCGGGAGAGACCCUCCAGCCCUUCUUUUACGUGAGGGAGAAAGGGAACCUGAUACUCUAUUGACUGAGAGUGCAGACAGACAAGCAUAUAUUCAUGGCCAUCAUGACACAUUCAGUCUCCUCUUCAGGACUGAGGUGACAGGCACUUGAGAAACCACAUUUGCCUAACUGUGAUUGGCCAUCCCUUACGUCAGUCAUGAUGCCACUCUCUGUUCCUGGGCCAGCUUUUUAAAUGACACUGAUUGACUGGGUCCCCUGUCAGUCCCCAAACUUG